AUUGUUGCAUAUUAUUAUACACCAUAUCUAACAUAUACUUAAUAAGUAAUUUUCGUUCACUCAUUUUUAAUUCAUUUUUAAAAUUAUAUUUAUUCUAGAUUCCAUGAUUACCUUUUUAUAAUAUUUCAAUUAUUUUUAAGGCCUUCUCUUAUUAAUUUUCUACCUAUCGCAUUCAUAUUUUUAACAUUUUUAAAUAAAUGUCAAAAAAACAGAGAGAACGACUUUUAAAAACUUUUAAUCCAACUGGUAAAAAAUAUGAAUCAACUUUUGGCGCUUCGAUUUUAUCCAAAUUCGGCUGGAAGGAGGGCCAGGGCCUUGGUAAAUCUGAGGACGGCAUUAAGAAGCCUGUUUCCAUAAAGAAAGUCGAAGGCACUUCCGGGCUUGGAUCUUCUAAGUCUGAUGAAUGGCAUAACUGGUGGGAUGACAUGUAUAAUGAACUGGCUUCAAAAAUCCAAGUCAAAAAAACCACAGAAAAGUCUACUAAAAAGACUAGGAAGAAAAUAAAAAAGAAGGAUAACACUAAAGAUUAACUUAAAUUUAAAAGUUUUAAUAUUGUUACAUUAAAAUUUAAUCUGAUUCCUUCUUUA